GUUCCGAUCCGGCGAUCGCCUGUGUUCUUGGCUGCCUUUCUCCCGUCGGUGUCUGUGCGUGUCAGUGUGAUCUCUUGUCUCUUUAACUUUUCAGGUCUUCGCCGUCUUUUAUCUCGAAUAUUGGCAUCGGUGGUGUGCUCUUUUUCCACUUAUAAAGCAGAUUCACCGUACAUCGGUCAGAAUGGCGGGUGGAGCAGGUGACACGAAGAAAGUGCUUGAUAUGGACACCGGCAGCCAAAAAGUCCUAAACAUGGACACUCUCAAUCCAUGCAUUAUAAACAUGGAAUACAGUGUCAGAGGACCCUUGGUUAUCAGGGCGAGAGAGAUGCAGAAGGAGCUAAAAGAGGGCAAGAAAUUCCCAUUUCCCUAUGUUAUUCGUUGCAACAUCGGUGAUUGCCAUGCAAUGGAACAGUCGUACAUAAAUUUCAUACGGCAGGUGGUUGCAUCCUGCACCUACCCUCCUCUGAUGGAUAGUGCAGGAUUCCCCCCAGAUGUUGUAGCCAAGGCCAAAAGAAUUCUUGAGGGCUGUGGAGGAGGAAGCAUCGGUGCGUAUAGUGACAGUUCAGGUAUAGAGAUCAUCAGAAAAGAUGCAGCUGCGUAUAUCAAAAGGCGCGAUGGUGGAAUACCUGCCAACCCUGAUACGAUCAUGCUGAGUUCAGGUGCCAGUGAUGGCAUUAAGUCGAUUCUGAAGCUGCUGAAGCAGGGAGAUGGUGAGCGUAAGACUGGCGUAAUGAUUCCCAUCCCACAGUACCCGCUGUAUUCUGCCACCCUGGCCGAAUACAACACGAUGCAGAUUGGAUACUAUCUUGAUGAGGAAACCAAUUGGAGUAUGCACGUGUCAGAGCUUAAACGCGCAAUCACGGAGGCAAGAGCUGUUUGCAACCCCAGGGCUAUCUGUGUGCUGAAUCCAGGAAAUCCAACAGGAUCAGUACUGACAAGACAGAACAUUGAAGACAUUGUCAAGUUCGCCCACGAUGAGAAGCUUGUAAUCCUGGCUGACGAGGUGUAUCAGGACAAUAUAUAUGCACCAGACAGGGAGUUCCACUCAUUCAAGAAGGUUAUCAGUGAGAUGGGUGGUGAAUACGCCAAGCAGGAGCUAGCUUCCUUCCACUCUGUAUCAAAGGGAUACAUGGGAGAGUGCGGCUACAGAGGGGGCUACUGUGAGUAUGUGAACUUCCAUCCAGAAGUUGUCGCCAUGCUGCGAAAGUCGCUAACGGCAAAACUGUGCCCAUCCGUUUCUGGACAGGUGGCCAUGGAUUGCGUGGUAGGUCAUCCCCAGCCAGGUGAUGCAUCUUAUGAAAGCUGGUUAAAGGAGAAAAAUGCCGUGCUUGGGACACUGAAGGAAAAAGCAAAGAUGACAGUCGAAAAACUGAACAGCCUGCCCGGAAUCAAGUGCAACAUCGUGCAGGGAGCCAUGUAUGCCUUCCCACGCCUCUUCCUACCAGAGAAAGCAAUCGCAAAGGCAAAGGCUGAAGGAAAGGCUGCGGACUUUAUGUACGCCUGGGAACUGUUAGAACAGAAGGGGCUGUGCGUCGUUCCCGGAAGCGGAUUUGGACAGAAGGAAGGCACGUACCACUUCAGGAUGACGAUUCUGCCACCACCAGCGAAGUUGGAAGAAUUUUUGCGGAGGCUUAAAGAUUUCCAUUUGGAGUUCAUGGAAAGAUACAAGUAAACACUUGCACUCAGAAGCUCCACAACUUGCAACGAUGCCCGUGCAGCUGCAUCUUAGAUGCUCUUCGUACGUCUGUGGGCCGUCAUAGCUUUAGGCUUUGUGAAUUUAUACCAUUAUUCGUGAUAGCUGCGUAGCACUGUGCUUAGCAUGAAAUAUGCACCUCGUGACAAGUUGGUAGUGUUACGCUUCUUACAGCAGUAAGGCUUAUGUGCCACUCACGAUAGUUGCAUGGGCUUGCCCCGGUGUCUGACAAGUUUAGAAAACACUCUAGGAAUGUCUAAGGUCUAUUGCGAUAUUCAAGUUUACAGAGGCACCUAGUCGUCCCAAGCAGUUUCAUCAUCACAAUUCUAUUGUAUUGAUGAAGAGGUUCUAUUUGAUUGCAUAGUGUUAAAUUGUUUGCUAAACCGGUUGUUGUUUUGUAGAUAAAAAUUGAAGCCUAGAUGAUGUAUGGUGAAGUGAUAUGUAGUGGCAAUACAAUGUAUUAGUCAAUACAUGGUUCCUUGCGCUGAAUUUAUGCACGUACCAAUUGUUUUUUACUAUAAUUUUCUUGAUUGUGGAGCUUUUGACGAUCAUUGGAAAGAGUGCAUAACAUCUAUUGACACAUUUAUAGAACAUGAAAAUAGAACAUUUAUUGAUACAUUCAAGGACCUCAGAAUAAUAUUAGGGCUGGACUGGUGUCAUUUACCUGGUAGAUACAUGUGUGACUAUAAGGUAUGUUUGUUGUAGUUACUACAAGGUAGUUGAUGGUAACUAUUGUCAUGGUACGAAGCGAUGCAUCUCCAUUAAAACACAAGUACCCAUUUCUCAUGAAAACGGCUGAAGUCAAUGCCAACACCAAGCUGGCUACUAUAUGAAUACAUCGAUUAUAAUAAACCUAUUGAGAAUCGUUGUCUAUUGCAUUUACUGUCCAUAUUUAUGAUAAUGGUUUGUUACUAGAGAUUAUAGAGAUUGCAAAUAAAGAAGUCUAUCAUUGUUUUAAGUUUCA